AUGAGACACUUCAGCUCUAUUGGGUUGUCUCUACUAUUGACAAUCAAUUUUGCCAAAGCAGUUUAUUUAAACACAAACAAUGAUACAACAAUUAGAGAAGAUUGCAAUUUAUAUGCUCAAGGGUUAUUGGACUACUAUGAUGGUUACAAAUAUGGAGGUGUUAUAGGUAUGUUCACUUAUCCAUAUUAUUGGUGGGAAGCAGGUGGAGCAUGGGGAUCCCUUAUUGAUUAUACUUACUUCUUUGAGAAUGAUACAUUUGUCCCAUUGAUUAAACAAGCUUUAGAAUAUCAAACAGGGGAUGACAAUAAUUAUGUUCCUUUAAAUCAAUCAACUACAGAAGGUAAUGAUGAUCAAGGUUUCUGGGGUCUUGCUGUUAUGAGUGCAGCGGAAAGAAAUUUUAGUAAUCCUGAAGAUCCUGCUAAGGCUUGGUUAACUUUAACCCAAGCUGUGUUUAAUACAAUGACUGCAAGAUGGGAUUAUAAAGAUUGUAAUGGUGGAUUGAGAUGGCAGAUUUUCCAAUGGAAUUCAGGUUAUGAUUAUAAGAAUUCUGUUUCUAAUGGAUGUCUUUUCCAUAUUGCUGCAAGAUUGGCCAGAUACACCAGUAAUGAUACUUAUGUUGAAUGGGCCCAAAAGGUUUGGGAUUGGAUGUAUGGUCUUGGUUUAUUGACUGAGGGUGAUUGGUGGUUUGUUUAUGAUGGUGCUAAUAUUGCAAACAAUUGUUCUAACAUUACUAAGUAUCAAUGGACAUAUAAUCAAGGUUUAAUGUUUUCUGGUUGUGCAUAUUUAUAUAACUAUACUGAGGAUGAAAAAUGGUAUAAUUAUACUUGGAAAUUAUUAAAUUCUGCAAGAGUAUUUUUCAAAAAUAUUUCGGGAAGUAUGGUUAUGUAUGAAGCUGCAUGUCAACCAUCUAAAACCUGUAAUAAUGAUCAAAGAUCUUUUAAAGCAUAUUUUUCCAGAUUCUUGGGUAUGACGUCAGUGUUGGUACCAGAUACAGAACCAAUGAUUACUAAAUGGUUGACUGAUUCAGCAAAUGCUGCUGCAGGGUCAUGUUCAGGUGGUUAUGAUGGUCAUACGUGUGGUUUGGAUUGGACUAAUUGGACUCAAGGUUGGGAUGGAAUGUAUGGUUUAGGUGAACAAAUGUCUGCAUUAGAAGUCACUCAGAACUUGAUGGUCCAUAAACGUCCUCCACCAUUUACCGCAAAUACAGGUGGUAGUUCUGAAGCUAAUCCAGCUGCAGGUUAUGGAUCUGUGACUACUGAAACACCCCCUUUGAAGAUUGGACCAGGAGGUAAGGCAGGUGCAGGUAUUAUAACUGCGAUAGUUGGUGUCUCUCUAAUAGGUGCCUGUAUUUGGUUAGUCUUAUAA